AUGAUUGACAACUCGUCAAUAUCGAAAGAUGAUUUGUAUGGUCCACCACCAGCUUAUUCAGUAAGAAAUAAUUAUGAAAAUCCACCACCACCACCACCACCAUCAUAUACACCAUCGAUUUAUGUUGUACCUAUUAGAGAUAUUCAUUACCAAGAAAGAUUAUCUUCAUCUCAUUCCUCGAUUAUUUUACCAAAAAAAUUUACUCGAUAUUUACUUGGAUCAGGACUUAUGCAUAUGAUGAUUGGUUUAGCAGCUAUUGUUUGUGAUAUUAUUUUAACGAUUAUGAAUGAAUCGUAUUCAUUUACUGGUCUUUGGACAGGUGCAUUAAGUAUUAUAUUAGGAAUAGAUCUUAUUUUAUUAAUGAGUCGUUCAAAUAUGCGUGUAUGUUCUUUACAACGGAUACGAUUAAUACAUAUGGCCAUAUGUUUAGUUUCUAUAGUUGCAAUUAUUCUUACAUCGAUUAAUCUUGCAUCUGACUCAUGUUAUAAAAUAUUUUUAGGUCCAGAUCGAUGUCGACAUUCAUCACAUUUAAUAAAAAUUAUUCUUGUUACACUUUUUUCUUGUAAUUUUAUACAAUUAUGUAUUACGAUUGUAAUGACAUUUAUUUAUAUGAGUAAAUCUCAUGAAAUAGUAACAAGAAAUGACAGUAUAAUGCCUGAAAUUAUCAGCUAG